AGGGAAGGAGGGAAAGAGGGAGCAGAAACUCGGCCCUUUGUGUGCUGGAGGUUCAGCCGAGAUAGAGACAGAGAGAUAUUUCUGCUGUUUGUAGUCUCCAAUCUUCAGCCACCUUCACCCUGACACACACUUUAUACACUCACACACACACGCGCUGGUGCAUGGAUGCAGGCGUCGUCGACGUGCUCUGGGUUGCGUGAGCGCGUCUGAGUGUGUGUGCAUCUGAGCGUGUGUGUGUGUGUGUGUGCGUGUGUGUGAUGAGAGCGGACGUCAGAGCAGCCCAUGAAUAUUGAAACGGAGGACAGUCUCUUUCAUCGAGGACAGAAGGAAGCAAGAUGGCGGCCCUGUAGGACCUGGUUAGGAUCUAGAACGCUUUUACGGCACUCGGAGGGAACAAGGGGAAAAAAGGAAGCAGAGACUUUUGAAUGGACUCAGAGCAGGCCAGAUGGAAACAGAACAAGCCAGGCAUGAGACGGAAGAAAGUCUGAUACACACACAGCUUAGUGCCCUCCACCAGGUAUCUGCAAAGCUGCAGAAUGGAAACCAGUCACCUGACACUAGCCCACAGCAACUUAACGGGGAUACCAGUUGGAGCAAUUUCAAGCCAGUGAAACGACCCCGGGACAACUGUUCUAGCCCAGUCACCAUGUAUGAUCAGGGCCUAUAUAAGAUAAAUGGUGAGGUGAAGCACGCACUAAACGAACAGUCAUUAGUGGCCCUUCCCCAACCCAAAAAGCUCUGUGUUAAUUCAGAGACAGCUAGUCCAUGGGAGCAGAAAGAGACAGACACAGAAGGAUGUUUAGACACAAUCCCUGGCCUGAGCAAGCCUGUACCAGACAGAGAAAAUUAUCCCAAUGGGGACAUCUUUGCAUUAUCAAGGAACAAGCAGGUGCCAACGCCCAAUGGUGCUGCUGUAACUCCACCUUCAGUGGAAGGUUCUGCUGGUGGCCUCUUUGAGAAAACUCAGUAUUACCCAAACCAUAUGCCCACAACACAAAACACCAGCAAUCUUCAUGAGCAGGCUAUCUCUUCACCUUCAGUUACCUCAGGUUGUUCUAUUUUGGCUCAGAUGCCUGCCUCUGAGCCACUUGCCAGGACACCAUCAGAAGUGCAUGGCAGGAAUGGCUAUGAUCCAGAGUUCAUGGUGAAUGGGUACUCUGGAAAUUUUGGUGCAGAAGAGCAGCAUCAACCUCUGCCUUACACUCUCACUGACCUCCAAGCUUUGGAAAAACAACCGCAAUGUGAUUUGGGAAAAGGGCCAAGAUUGGCCUCAACAGUAGGCAUCAGUGAUGGUUCACAAGCUCAAAAUGGCACAGACAGUUUUGCCAGCAACCCAGUGAGUUUAAGCAUGUCUUACCCAAUGCCAGUACAGGCUGAAGCUGCUGGCACAUUUGCUUCAUUCAAAAACUCCGCCACUGAUCAGAAGCCCAGCACUGUUACAGGCCAGCAGCACUUACAAUAUGGGAUACAACCGCACCAGUCAGAUGUUUCCUGCUCAGCUGAUGGCAGCCUGCAGGGCAAUGGAGUCUCUGUUUCUCCUCAUGCGAAAGUUCAGGUAGCUCCAAAACAGAGUAACGAGUUGGAACACAAACCACCUCCCCCAGACCAGGGAGGAGAUGUAGCUUCUGACACUCAGAUGGGCUGGAUCAAUUUGAACUCUACUCCAAAUUCACAGCACCAGGCCAACCAGGCACACAUGUGGAAGGGCCUUCCUUCAAAUGAGAACACAGCCAGACUGAUCAAGGGUGAUCUGCUUAAUCCUGACACCUCCCAUAGCUUUCAGAUGCAGGCCUUCAACCAACAGCAAGAGGGUCACAUAGAAAAUGGCUAUAAGCUUCCUGCACAAUCUCACCCUAAUACUACCACAGAGUGCCAGAGUCAGACACCUAAAACUCUCUCUGAUAUGCACACACAGCCCAACAUGCACAUCAACAAUGUCCAUCCCCAACAGCAUAUGAAUGAGCAGUUUUUCCUCCCAGUGCAGCAAGAGCAAUUAUGCAAAAAUGAUCAAAACCUAGGGCAGGUACUACCUCCUGACUUUGUGCAUCAGCUACCUUCACAGCCCCACCAGCAAUAUGAAGCCCACCAGCAGCAAGCCAGCACCAUCAUGCAUCAUGAUCCACAGGGUCUCAAAAUGGUGUUACAGAACCCCGCUCAGGGUCAGGUGAAUUCCAACCUCCCACAUACACACACUAUGGAAGGCUACACACAGGCAGAAAUAUCAUCCCCAACAUACAGGCAACCUAAAACAAUAGGUAAUGUGCAGAAUGGAUCCACUCCACCUGCACCACCGAGCCUCCCUUUUCCCGAUCAGCGCAACUCACAGCCUUCACCUAAUGACAUAUCAUCCAUGUUUAGAUUUGAUGGAGCAGCAGAGAUGCAAAAGCAGCCCCAGAGACGAUAUACCCCAUCUCCAAGUGCCCAACAUUCUCAGCAGCUUGUUAAACAUACGCUGCCCGGAAACAUGGACUUUCAUCACUCACCACAUGCACAAUUGCAACUUCAGGUACCAGAUGGUAGACAGAUACCAGCCCAGAUGUUUCCCAAAGCUGAAUCACAGGAAUCCUGUUCGCAAUUCCAGAGAGGACCCCUUCCAAGCCCAGGUCCACAAGGGGACUUCCAGAGGCAUGCAGCCCUGCGAAUGCAUCUAUUACAAAAGCAGGAAAGGCCAAGCUGCCAGCAGAGCCCCAACAUGAUUAGACCUGACCUGCAGCUUGUUAAACGUGAGAAUGACCCAAGAUUUGAGGACCCAAUCCAAAUGCCACCUCCACAAACACAGCAUCAGGAUCAAGCCCUGACUGCAAGCAUGCUGGAGAGAGUAAAACAGGAAAGGCCAUCUUCAACCUGCUCACAGAGCCAGCAUAAGAGCAUCCUGGCCACCAUGGAGCAGCAGUUACAACAGUACCAGCCUUCCCCUGUGUUUGAGAGAAGGUCUCUAUCCAUCAAGUCCCCUAACAAAGUGAAAGUGGAGAUGGCUGGAGGUGUGGCAGUGUUAUCUACCAAUAUUGAAGGAAUUAAGGGGGAUCAUUGUAAACCUCCUGCUUCUACUCCCAAAAAAGAGCCAGGGCUGCAGUGUUUUCUGGAGUCACCCAUGAAACUGCUAGAUACUCCCAUCAAAAACCUGCUGGAUACACCCCUUAAAACUCAAUAUGAGAUUCCUCCUUGUCAUUGUGUUGAGCAAAUCAGUGAAAAAGAUGAAGGCCCAUAUUACACUCAUCUGGGAGCCGCUCCAAAUAUCAAGGGUAUCCGAGAAAAGAUGGAGAAGAGGUCUGGCCUGAAUGGCAGUGCUAUUAGGAUUGAGAAAGUGCUAUAUACAGGCAAGGAAGGCAAGAGCACGCAGGGUUGCCCCAUUGCUAAAUGGGUAAUACGUCGAGCCAAUGUGGACGAGAAGCUCCUGGUAGUGGUACGAGAGCGGGCUGGUCACACUUGUGAAACAUCAUGCGUUGUCGUAGUAAUUGUGAUAUGGGAGGGAAUACCAACAACCAUGGCCGACCGUCUCUACAUGGAACUUAGUGAUACACUGACGAAACAUGGUGCCCUGACUAAUCGCAGAUGUGCACACAAUGAAGAGAGAACAUGUGCAUGUCAGGGUCGAAACCCUGAUGCCUGUGGUGCUUCCUUUUCCUUUGGAUGCUCCUGGAGUAUGUACUACAAUGGCUGCAAGUUUGCCCGGAGUAAAAUCCCAAGAAAAUUCAAAUUGCUUGGCGAUGAUCCCAAAGAGGAAGAAAAACUGGAGAGUAAUUUUCAGGCCCUUGCUACUUACAUAGCUCCGCUGUAUAAGAAAAUGGCACCUGAUGCUUAUAGCAAUCAAGUGGAGCAUGAACACAGAGCUCCAGACUGCCGUUUGGGUCUCAAAGAAGGCCGUCCAUUUUCUGGAGUCACAGCGUGUCUAGACUUCUGUGCCCAUGCCCACAGAGAUCUCCACAACAUGGCAGGAGGUAGUACUGUGGUCUGUACACUAACACGAGAGGACAAUCGUGAGAUUGGAAAGAUUCCUGAAGAUGAACAACUGCAUGUGUUACCACUGUACAAGCCUGCAUCCACUGAUGAGUUUGGCAGUGCUGAGGCCCAGCUGGAAAAAACAAGGACUGGAGCCAUCCAGGUGCUUAGCACAUUCCGGCGGCAGGUCCGUAUGCUAGCAGAGCCAGCCAAAUCCUGCCGGCAAAGGAAACUAGAGGGCAAAAGAGGUGGAGCUAACAAAACCUCUAACCUCAGCACAUCCAAUUCCAAGGUAGACAGCAACCAGCAAUCAAAGCAACAGAAACAAAGCUCUUGUGACAAUGUGGGCCAUAACACACCUGCAGCAGGUGCACAUCUGAGUCACAUGGGUGCCCCCCACCUGCCUGGUCAGAACCCUGUAGCUGCCCAAAACCAGCCUCACCAGCAGAAUCUGCAGUCACAACCCAGCACUUCUAUGCCUUUCUCCAGUUCAACAUCCUCUGCUAACUACCCAAGAUACCCCAACACACCAGGAUCCCUCCAGAGCACUUCUAAACCACCUAAUAUGUUUUCUCAGUCCCCCAGAUCAGCCAGCCCUUAUCAUUCCCCUUUACCAGUCGCCAAUUCCUACAUGAAUGGGUCAAACCCACCAAGCCCUUACCCUGGAGCACUAACUCCCAACAACCUCUAUUCAAGUUACCAGUGUAAUGGGAGUAUUCCCUUGGACAACUACCACCCUUACUACUCCAAUCCAAAGCAUCUGGACAUGUACAGACAGCAAAGACCAUCUCUGUACCCUGAGCAACAAUUCAACCCUCAGCAGCGGUAUGGCAUGAAUUACCCACCGCGCUAUGGGGAGCCGGUCCUGCCCAUCAAUGGAUAUGGCAAUUGUAACAUGAGACCAAACAUGCACCCCAUGGGACACUAUCCCGGAUACAGCUCAAAUGGGGGACCUAAUGUCCAGUUUCUAGAUGCUAUCUCCAGACCUAAUUUAGCUCACCCAAGCCUGGACUAUGCAGCUGCAAAUAAAUCUAGUCAUUUAGGCAGAUACCCUAAUCCCUACCUGGUCCAGAAUCAUCAUUUGUUCCCUCAAAAUAUGGACCCACUAAGUAUGCAAAAGCCAGAGAUGAAUCUCCAUGGGGCAAACAGCUUCCCUCAGGUGCUUCCUUCUGUAGGCAGGGAAGGCAUGAACCCCACCCAAACUCAAGGUAUGAGUCUGCCCAAUGGAAACAUCCCACCCUCUUUGGUCAAACAAGAGCCAGGAAAUGCAAUGCCCGCAAGUCAAGAGGAAGAGGAGGAUGCGUGGUCGGACAAUGAGCACAACUUUCUGGAUCCAGAGAUUGGUGGUGUAGCAGUGGCACCCAGCCAUGGCUCAAUUCUCAUAGAGUGUGCAAAGCGUGAGUUACAUGCAACCACACCGCUCAAGAAGCCUGACCGCACCCACCCUACCCGAAUCUCACUGGUUUUCUACCAGCACAAGAACCUGAAUGAGGCUAAGCAUGGACUAGCUUUAUGGGAGGCCAAGAUGGCAGAAAAAGCACGUGAGAAAGAGGAGGACGCUGAGAAGCAUGGCACAGAUGGAACACCAGUCAAGAGUGGUGGCAAGAGGGUCAAGAAAGAACACCCAGAACCUUCUGAGCCACCAUACAAACGUUUUGUCCAGAUGCUUGCUGAAAAGUCACUGUCCUUCACAACCAACACUUAUGUCAGCUCAGCUCCCUAUGCCUUUACUAAGGUCACUGGGCCUUACAGCCACUUCCUGUAGGGAUCAGCUUAGGUUUACAUCAUCAUCAGUGUGUCGGAAUUGUGACAAGGUGCUAAAAGGUGCUAAAAUAUUGCUUUUCAGACCUCAGUGCCACUGGCUGUAUUAACCCCAGAGACCUUGAAGCUUCUGUGAGGCAAGAGAAGACAGAUCCACACUAUGGGAACAUGUGAAAUGUACAAUAGAUCAACAAGAGGUAAAAAGGUUUAGCUUUACUGGUUGACCCUCAUAAAAAAAAAAUUAUUUAUUGCAUUGUUACUCGCACUGUUCUUCUUCUUUGGUGCUUCACAACAUCUGGAUGUCCAUUACUGGAAAUAUCUUUAAUGGCUUUAAUUUUACAGUUUUGGUAAACCUAAAGGUAAAAUUCUGGUGUAAAACACUGAUUCGGUGGCUAAUCAUGUUCAUGGUGCUAAGUGAAGAACGUGUUAAAUGUACACUUUGAGUUUAAAAAAACAAAACAAAACAAAAACUUUAUCUUUACCUCUCAUGUACCAAGCAAUUAUUUUCAUGAUUGGUAGCAAUUACAGGAACGAUUUUGUUAGUGUUUUUAAAGCACUUUUAAUUAUGAGGGUAUGAUUAGUUGACCCUCUGAUAAUUAUUUUCAGGAUUUUAUUCAGUUUUGGAAAUCAAUCAAAUUCUGCAAAAUGACCAUUAUUAUAAUAUUAAUAUUAUUAUUUUUUUUACAAGUGCAUAUUUACCUGGUGCUUUUAUGGUUUCACAGUCCACUAGACGUGUUUUAUAUUUACUGUAUAUUGAGCCAUUAUCAACAUAACUUGUUUUUUCCAAGACAAAGCACAGGAAUAGGCAAAAGAAUCCUGCUACGCAAAUGUCUGCAAUGAGUUUUAGAAACAUAUGCAUCGGGUUUGGGAUUGUUUGUGUCUUUAGCAGUUUUAGCGUAUCCUUAUUGAACAGGGUGUAGUGCCACCUUUUGGUCAUUUUCAGUUUCCAAGGCAGCUGGCUUGCUGUAAAGGGGAUCCUUUCAUUACUGUAAUCUAGUUGUAUCAUAAAAAAAGGUGAGAUUUGUACAGUAAAUUAAUUUCUCUCUUUUUUUUUUCCUAAAAUGAUUUUAGAUUUUAGUACUGUAAAAGAGAGUCAAAUUUCUUGUGGGUUAUUCGUAAAAUGGUGCUACUUGGUGCUACUAAAAACGUAUAAUGUGAGAAUCUCUAUGCGUGGUGAGAAGGUUUAUGAAUGAUGUACAGAACCUAUGUGUCAUAUACCUCAAAACAUUUUUGGCAAUAGGAUUUACUAUACCAAGGUGUCUUCAUUUUCUUUUUCCCAUUUCUUUUUUUAAUUUUAUUUGUAUUUCAAACUACGAAUUUCACAAAUGUUUAGGUCAGCGCAACACUUUGCUCACUUGCUUUUGUCACACUUGAUCUACUAGAAAGUGUUACUUGAACUUCAAGCUUCAAAAUUUCUACAUAAAAUAAAAUAAUCAGGGAUAUUUCUGCUAAUUUCACACAUCACUUUGUCGUCAUCUCUCCUUCAGGGAUUAAUUUUUGCAUCCUGAAUCCCAUGUAUAUAGCUCAAACACACACUCAAAAAAAAAAACAAAAAAAACAUCUUUUUAAAAAAAAUAAAAUAAAAUAAAUAUAUAAUAAAUUAGCAUUUUUGUACUUAUGUUUUUGUGGAUAGUGUUUAGAAGUACAACAAUAUGCACUGAGUUGACUAAAGGGAAAGUAUGGCUUUGUCAAAGUAAAAUUCACCUUCAUAAAAUUAAAAAAUAAAAAGUUAUAAAUUUAUUUAUAACCACUAAACGUUUAUUUUAAUCCCUCACUACAAGUUAAAUGUGACCAGGCAAGACUCGGUUUCUGAAAGCACUUCGAUUAUUUUUCAGAAAAUUAUAAAUUCAAGUAAAUGAAAAUGAAAAUUAAACAAGGUUACUGUAAAAAAAUAAACAUGAUUGUAUAUACGAUGCGUCUUCAAUGCAAGAAGCACUAAUGCUUUUGGAAUUAUUGUUUAUUUUAAAUCCAGCUACUUCAUAAGAAGGUAGAAGUAACUGACAGAAGCAACCGAUAGCAGCAGGCAGAUUUAACCCUUCCAGUCAAAAAUACAGCAUUUAUUAACUGUAAAUAAAUUUAUUUAACACAACCUGAUAAAUAAUAAUGCUCAGGAUGCCAUGAGCUGCAUUCAUCUAAUUCAUCUAACACGUGACUGACUACAGCAGAGCGUCUGAUACAGAAGCUGCACUAGUUCAUGCAUUGAUUAAGCUCUGCUGCAGCAUCGCUUCAAACACUCAGUUCAAUCCACUGAGACACUCGGUGAACAGUGAAAUCCUGAAAGUCUGAGAACACUGUGAAUAAAAAGAAAA